AUGCGGCGCUACCUGCGCGUGGUGGGGCUGUGCCUGGCCUGCGGCUUCUGCUCGCUGCUCUACGCCUUCAGCCAGCUCGCCGCGUCCCUGGAGGAAGGAGCCGGCAGCGCUGGCGGGAAGCCGCAGGCCGCAGCGGCUUCCUGGCUGGCGGGCGGCGAGCACGGCGCCGAGAGAGGCGCGGGCCUCGGCGGGUCGGGCAGGGGAGGAAGGUGUAAAGAGUCCUCUCUGUGUUACUGGAAUCCCUAUUGGAUGCUGCCCUCUGAUGUUUGUGGAAUGAACUGCUUUUGGGAAGCGGCUUUUAGGUAUAGUCUAAAAACACAGCCUGUUGAGAAAAUGCACCUUGCUGUUGUUGCAUGUGGUGAGAGAUUGGAAGAGACUGUGACCAUGCUGAAGUCAGCUCUCAUUUUCAGCAUCAAACCUCUGCAUUUCCAUAUUUUUGCUGAAGAUCAACUACAUGAUAGCUUUAAAGACCAACUUGACAGCUGGUCGUUUGUGCAAGGAUUUAACUAUACAUUGUACCCCAUUACCUUUCCAAGUGACAGUGCAGUGGAGUGGAAGAAACUAUUUAAGCCAUGUGCUUCCCAGAGGUUAUUCUUGCCAUUGAUCCUGAAAGAAGUUGACUCAUUGUUGUAUGUCGACACUGAUAUUCUUUUCUUACGACCUGUUGAUGAUAUUUGGUCAUUACUAAAGAAAUUUAACUCCACACAAGUUGCUGCAAUGGCUCCAGAACAUGAGGAGCCUCGAAUAGGAUGGUAUAACCGCUUUGCCAGACAUCCAUACUACGGAGAAACAGGAGUGAACUCCGGAGUUAUGUUGAUGAACAUGACACGAAUGAGAAGGAAGUAUUUCAAGAAUGAUAUGACGACUGUGCGACUGCGGUGGGGAGACAUUCUUAUACCCCUGCUUAAAAAAUACAAGCUGAACAUCACGUGGGGUGAUCAAGAUCUGUUAAACAUCAUGUUUUUUCACAAUCCAGAAAGCCUUUUUGUUUUUCCAUGCCAAUGGAAUUAUCGGCCAGACCAUUGUAUAUAUGGAAGCAACUGCCGAGAAGCAGAAGAGGAGGGCAUCUUCAUUCUCCAUGGUAACAGAGGUGUUUAUCAUGAUGACAAGCAGCCUGCAUUUAGAGCCGUUUAUGAAGCACUGAGAAAUUGUUCUUUCGAAGAUGACAGUGUCAGUUCACUAUUAGAACCUUUAGAACUAGAACUGGAGAAGACAGUCCAUACCUACUGUGGGAAAAUUUACAAAGUAUUUAUCAAGCAACUGACGAAAAGCAUAAGAAAUCGUUAUGGCAGACCACCAAAGGAAAGGUGAUUUUUCCUACUGCUAAAUUAAGUGGAUGAAACAACAAAGUAUCAGAGGAAAAGUGUGAAGAAGUCUUGCAAGGAAGUAUUUAGGAAGAUAUUUUUAUCUCCAGAAUAACCUUUUUUCCUGAAGAAGUUAAAAGUAAUGAAGCAUAUAUUAAAAUUGUGGGCUCCAGCAGUAAGACAAUUUUGAUCUCUGAUAUUUUAGAAUAUUACUUGGUAUCAUUCCAGUAUUGAUAAAAAAAAAAAUGAAGAAGUCUGGGCUCUAGCAUGUAGAGUUGUGCUGAGUAAGAACAGUAGGAGUGGUGAAUGAGAAAACUGUACCUCAUGCAAAGUGAACACAUUCAAGCUGUGAGGAGAGCAACCCUUUUAUGUCAGCACUAACCUCACUUUAAAUGUGUGAGAAAAAGUUUACAGGAGCAGAAAAGUUCUGUUUCUCAAGAAAUGUGAUGUAACCAAUGUAACAGUUGACAAUCUAUGUGUACCCUUAUACAUUUCAUCUCUAUUCUACAAUAUUUUGUGACAAUCAUGCUUAAAAUUAUUUUUAGGUGUUAAGUAAGUUGCACAUUUAAAAUGUUAGCUAUAUAAGAGGGAAAAUAUUGCAAGGAGUAUACGUGUGUAUUUGUACACGUGUAUGGUGAGAGAGACAUGUUGUCAUUUUAUAUAUUAAACUAUCUUGCCAAACCUAAGCUCUUAAGAUAUUUGAGGACAUCAAAAAAAAAAAAUCAGCUUUACUGGGAAUUCUGGAAGCAGAACAUAUUAUGCUGAUAA